AUGACUUCUUCCAUAUUUGGACUAGGCCAAUCCUUCACCGCAACGAGAAUCACUAGUGCAACUACAGUUACAACACGUAGCCUCAACAUCACCAGCAACAAUUAUUCUUUGUACCCUCCAUUGUCGUCUCAGCAAACUCCACCAGCUUAUGAUUCCAAUGGUAGCACACUGCCAGCUGCUGAUAACAAUGACGGCCAAAAGCCUGCAGCCACAAGAGCAUCAGAUAGCACUGACUGGAUAGCUUCAAGCUUGACGCGGCGGUUUGGUCUUGGGGCAAGUCUGGCCUGGUUCGGGUUCCUAGCCGCUGGUGUCAUCUCGGAGGUUUUCAGGGAUGUGGAAAAGGAGGAACAAGUGGUUUUGCCAAAUGGGAUCAAGUACUAUGAGUUGAAGGUGGGAGGAGGGGCAACUCCAAGGGCAGGGGACCUUGUGGUGAUUGACCUUAAAGGGAGGGCAGUUGGGGGAAAGGAAGUGUCUUUUGUGGACACAUUUGAGAGGAAGAAGCCACUUGCUCUAGUAAUGGGUUCCAGGCCAUACACAAAGGGGAUGUGUGAAGGGAUAGAGUAUGUGUUGAGAUCAAUGAAGGCUGGUGGGAAGAGAAGGGUGAUUGUGCCUCCUAGCUUGGGGUUUGGAGAGAAUGGAGCUGAUUUUGGUUCUCACUCCCAAACUAUCCCACCUUCUUCAACUCUUGACUACAUUGUUGAGGUUGAAAGAGCGUCCAUUUCAUUUUCACCUGCCUGAUUUAGCUACCUACUAGCCACACUCCAAGGAUCAAUUCCACAACCAUGGGUUUAGUCCACUUGCCUUUUCUUUGGAGAGCUUCUUUUGCUUUUCAGUGAUGCCAUUGCACAAGUUGAUGCUGUCUAAACUACUUGAAGUUGAUUACUAACAUGGGAUACCAAAUGAUGUGUGUAGCAUGAGUUGCCUUUAGUACAUAGGUUGAGUGGAAUGAACAGUCGGAAACAAUUUUUAAUUGGAGAUUUAUUUAUUAUGUUGGAUUAUAUGUACAAAAUGAUCUUUAGGAGGAGCGGCUUAUGAAGUUAUUGUUUUCAACGUC